AUGUAUAGUUACAACAAUAUCAUCGAAAAGGGUGAGCCCCUCAACAAGGACGUGAUUGAUCGCACACCAAUGAGCAGCACGCCUACUGGUGUUGUGUCCCAGAGGCGGGUAGAUGCGUGUACCGAUGUAGUAGUUGUAGAGAACUUCUUGUCGAGCGAUGAGUGUGAUCACAUCAUCAAGGCGUGUGAAGAGGUGGGGUACACGUUCUGGCGGCAGCAGGACGCAAAUGCGGUGGGUGGUGAGGCGGAUUGCUGCUCUGACAAGGAGGCGUGUGCGUUUCGUGUGGUUGAUACAAUCGAGGCGAGUUUUCCGCAGCUCUCGCAGGCCCUUUCGGCACGUAUUCAGAAGGUAGUGCAGCUGGAGCCCAAGUCCUUCACUCCGUCCAUGGCGAACGCGGAGGAGUUGUACACACGCGAUCUCGACGGGACGUGGGUGCCGCUAGAGCUGUCGAGCAACCUGCUGCUUGGGCGGUACGGCGCUGGAGGUCAUUUUUCUCCCCACGUUGACGGCUCCACCAUUGUUGACCUCAACACCCGCUCCUUCUACACGCUGCUCAUAUACCUCAACGACUGCGAGAGUGGCGGGGAGACGGUGAUUUUCAGUGGCGAGCAGUCGGAGGUGCUCGAGUGCGACCCGCACAGCGGCAAGUAUAGAGGAAGGUGCCAGAAUCGCAUCGGCGCCGUACGCCCGGUAAAGGGUUCUGCGGUGUUCUUCUUUUGCGACGUGUUGCACGAGGCCUCGCCUGUGGGCGUUGGAAGCUGCAAAUAUAUUCUGCGCGGUGACUUUCUCUACAGACGUGACCCUCCGAUUCUGACGGAGGAAAAUGAUCGAAUGGCGUUUGAGCUGUAUGAGAAGGCGCGCGUCGUGGAGAGCAACGGAGAUGCAAUGCAGGCGUGUGAAAUGUUCCGGCGGGUGCGAAAAUUGUCACAGGGCGUUGCGGAGCUGUACCAGUUGUGA